AUGAAAAUUGUUUUAUUACUCUCCGUUUGCUUUGCGGUAUGUCGUGCUGAUGACUUAGCACACGCCGCUGGUCAAAUCUUCAACAGCAUCUUGCCUAACCUAAUCUCCAAUCAAGUAACUGGUCAGCAGGGCAACACAGCUACUAACACACUGCAGCAGAUAGGCUCUGUAGUGGGUGGAGUGGUCGACUACGCUAAGAAGAAAAGUUACGAAGAUAUGCUGCGUCAAGUGCAAGAUAGUACAACGGAUGAAGACUUGCUGCGUGUUAGUGAAGAAAUGUUUAACGCGGAUAUAAACAACGCUUUCAACUACAUCCAAGUCAAUCUGCAAGGCAAAACCAGUCCUUUGUCGAAGAACGACGAGGCGCAAUCUAAUCUCCUGAACGUGCCCCAGAAUGUAUGGAACGGGCCUACAAUUAGGCCAUUCGUGGCUCUUUUCGACAAUUACCACAAAAAUGUAAUAAGGCCAGAAUUUGUCACGCCUAAUGAGGAAUCGGAACUUACUACUUAUAUCAACACUAUACUCGCAACUGGUCCUAUUAGAAGCCUUAUGAACUUCUUGGUUAGUAAAGGUGUAACACAAUUGAACGAAUACCCUGAGCAAGUGCAGUUACUGAAGAAGAUCUGGUUUACUAAGUACGCGCGUCACUGGACCGGCCUUUGCAAGUGCAGUUGCGCUUUUGAGAACAUCUUCAUGGCUGAGCUUAAGUCAAGCGAUGUGCUUGGCCUCCACAGUUGGCUGUUCUUCGCUCAAAGGGAACAAGACCGCAAGGCCAAUUAUUUGGGUUACAUCGACAAACUUGAUCUAUCCGGUAAAGGAAUGAUUCUCAAGCAGCACUCGGUCCUGAGUGAAACUAAAGACGCACCUGAAGUUACAAUGUUCGUUGGUACAUCACCUGAGCUGGAGACAGCGCUGUACACACUGUGCUUUAUGGCUCGACCUGACAGGCCCUGCAAACUGCGCUACAAUAACAUAAACUUCAGUAUUCAGACUAAAACGCUCAAAGCUGAUAAUGUACUACUUAUUGAUACCGCGUACCCAUUCUAUUAA